GGGCCUCCGCCUCUCUCAGCUGGCUUGAAGGCUGUUAUUGUUGUUACUAAAAGAUUAGUGGACCAGCUGGUUGCUCUCUGGACUUACAUCACAUAUGCCUGGUUGAUUUACAAGGAGUUUACUGUCCAAGUUACUGAGAUGGAGGAGGCGCAGUCCCACCCCAGUGUAGCUUUCCUGAAUGUGGCCUCAAGUUACGUACCCCACACCAAGGUGGAGUGCUACUACAAUCUGCCGCCUGGCAUGAAGCCGUCAACUAGAGAUUGGAUUGGCAUCUUUAAGGUGGAUGCUUCUUCGGUACGUGACUAUUAUACUUUUGUGUGGGGCAUCAUGCCAGAUGGUGGAGCUUCUGAAGGAACCCUCCAUUGCAGCGUCCAAUUCCAAGCUAGCUACUUACCUAAACCAGGUCCGCAGCAAUAUCACUUUCGUUAUGUGGAUCGCCAUGGAGAGGUGCAUGGCCAAAGUUCUCCUUUCCAGUUCAGCGAACCCCGUCCCAUGGAUGAGCUCGUCACUCUAGAGGAGGCCAGCGAUGACGGAGGUGGAACUGAUAUGCUGUUGGUGGUUCCCAAGGCCGCUCUACUUGAGACUCAGCUGGAAGAGAGUCGUCAGGAACAAGGAGCCUUGUUGCGUGAGUCCUGCCACCUGAAGGAAGAGGUUCAAGAGUGGAGAAGCCGCGCAGCAGAUCUAGAAGCAGCACUUAGCGCCUUACGUGAUGAGCACACCAAGCUGGCUGCACAAUAUAAGGAACUGUCAAAUUCUUACACAGACAUCUCCAAGCAGAGAGAUACUCUAAGCCUUCAAGACACUGAGCAAGUGGCCCGAAUCCAGGAGCUGGAGGGCGAUAUCCAGGCGAUGGGAGAGAAGAUGCUUCAGAGGGAGACGGAAUUAGACAGGGUGAAAGACACAGUGAAGUCACUUGUGAGGGAGCAGGAACACAUCCACCAUCAGCUCAAAGAAGAGAAUGCUGAGAAAGAGCAGUACCAGGUCAAGCUGCAGGCUUCCAAGGAGGAGAGCCGUAGCCUGGCCUCCGACUUGCAAGAAGCCAAGACUCGUCACGGUGAGAAAAUCUCCCAGGCUCUCAUGCUGCAGGAGGAUAUUCAGAAGUUGCAGCAGAAGCUGGCAGCUGCUAACCGCCGCACAGUACAGAUGGAGUCCUUGUGUGAACAGUUACGCACCACACAGGACGUUCUGGCUGCCAGCCAGCAGAAAGUGGCUCUCUUGGGGGAAGAGCUAGCCAGUGUGGCCUCCAUCCGAGACCGUACCAUCUCCGAUCUCCACAAGAGCCGCCUUGAGGCGGCUGAGGUCAACAUCAAGCUUGCUGACAUGACCCUCAAGUGGAAAGAAGGCAAAGGCCAAUGGUGGAAGGAGAAGGCCAUGCUGUUGCAGAAUGUAGAGGCAGAGAAAGAUAAGAUCCUGAAGCUGAGUGCUGAGGUUCUCCGCCUGGAAAACUGCUUGCAAGAAGAACGGGCACAGUGCCAGGUGUUGCGUAUGGACCUGGCACAGGAACGGGAUGCCAGUCUGGUUCAAGUCUCUGAGAACCGUCGCGAGCUACGGGAGCUACGGGCUGCCCUGCAGGUUGGCCAGAAGGAGAAAGAGCAACUGCAGUCCGAAAAACAGGAGCUGCUGGUGUAUAUACGCCGCCUUGAAGAACGUUUGGAGAAAGUAGCAGAUGAUAAAUGGAGCGAAUCAGUUCUGAUUGAUGAAGAGGAGAGAGCUCUGGAUACUCCUGCGAUGGAGAAAGUCCAAGAAUCAGCUAACACUGAAGGUGAGACGGAAGGAACUUGGGGAGGGCCCUCCAGAGCAUUAGCUGAAUCCCUUAGCCUCCCCUUUGAGGAGAUGAUGGAAGCCUUCAGAAAUGCAGAGGAAAGACAGGAUUUAGGAGCCAGGCCAAGACGUUCCAACUCAUGGGGGAGUUGUCAGACGGUGUUAAAUAGACUGCCUGGGGAAAAAUCCUUUUCGAGCCCUCUGCAUACAGCAAAGGAGGCAGACUGGAGGGAUGAGGCCCAAAUUGAAUCGGAACCCUUUCAAGGUGACAACCCCCAGGUUUAUUCUGGAAGCCAAUCGUUAGCAGAAUUACCACAACAAUUCCAGCAAUUAAAAGUGGAAAGUUUUGUCUCAAAGCCACAACCUAUCUGGCCAAGUUGGAGCCUGGCACAGCCCAUCUUCUCGUUCCCAAGUGUUAUGAGGGAAGAGGAAAUUACACAGAUGCCAAGUGGAGAGGCCCAGCGUGGCAGCCCACGGUGACAAGAGGUGCUGACUAGAAGAGGUAUGUUGCAACCUCUAAGUCCUACUCAACACCCAGAAAGGAGUUUACACCCUGCAGAAAGUAUCCCUCCAGGGUGGGGAUUUUAUCCAGGCCAGGGGUGGAUUCAGUGCCAAUGGAUGCCAGCGCCAACAAAGCCCUGGUCCAAAAGGGAGUCAGAAAUCCCUGUCCCACAAGGGGAUCUACACAGACAGCAGUCACUCCCCCUCCACCCAGGCAGAGAUCAAGGCAAUGCCCACCUUCCUCAUGGCAACCACCAAUUCAAACCCCACUUGGAGCAACCCUGCAGAGGCCCCUCUUCCAGAGCGACACACCCCAGCCAGGCCUCAGAAGACCUUCCCAAUCUAGAUACACACCUCAUCAGGCUCCUUUCAUUCCAGCUCAACCUUCAGGUGCCAGGCCAGUACCACCUCCCCAACCACAACCCAGGCCAGACCAGAUACAGUUCAAGGCCAUUUUCAAUGGGUGCCAUGAACAUUUUAAUUACUUCCUCACUCGAAUCUGGUCCCACAUAGACCAAUUUGGAGACCAAUACACGACAAACCGCGAUUUGGUUACUGCGAUAACG